AUGUAUUAUAAUUUCAUAUUAUUAGUUAUAAAAUAUUAUUCAAUUGUAUGGUUUUUAACAUUUUUAUUCAAAUAUGGGAAAAGAAUUAUUAUAAGUGACAAUCAUUCAAAUUUUUCAUAUAAAAUUUUAUUUUUUAAAAUUGAUUUGGUUAUUUCAUUAAUUCCAUUCAUAUCAUUGGUAUGGGUAUUAUUAAAUAGUUAUCCAAAUAUUUUAUUAUUCAUUAAAAUAAUUUUAGAGAAUAAAUUCCAAUUUCCAGAUACACUUUGGGUUUUAUUUCCAAUUAUUUAUUGUUUAUCUGGUAUCCUUUUACAAUAUUAUAGAUUCAAAACCAUAAAAAGAAAUUCCAUAAAAACCAAUGUUUAUAAAGAAAUUAAUGGUGUAGAACAAUUAUAUUAUCAAGAUGUUCAAUUAUAUUCAUAUGGUAGUGAAUUCAAUAAAAUUAAAUUUACAAUUCUAACUUUAUUAUGGAUUGUACUUGGGAAUUUAGAAAUUUCAAACUAUAUUAAUUGUAAUGAAAUUAAUAAAUAUAAUAAUGUUUCACCAGGUUUAAUGAAUUUUUGUAGUGAUUAUAUGUAUUCUACAGAUGGUACUUAUUUUGAAAUCGUGUGUAUUACAUCACAACUUUUACCAUAUAUAUUUUUAAUUCCAUUAAUGGAAAUUUCAAUGAUUGUUUAA